UGGACUGAAAACUAAUCCCUUCGCCGAAAAAAUUACUCCUAACUCUAACUACGGUCAUGUCUGCAUCACGGUCGGAAGGCGAUGAGGCCCUCGUCAACGAGGUGCUCACCGACGAUGAGCUCCGUGCGGUGCUCACCCGCCUGGGGCCCGAGUCGGAGCGCGACGCGUUCGGGCUCGUGUGCAGGCGCUGGCUCCGGAUCCAGAGCUCCGAGCGCCGCCGCCUGCGCGCGCGCGCCGGUCCGUCCAUGUUGCGCCGCCUGGCAGCACGCUUCCCGGGCAUUCUCGAGCUCGAUCUCUCCCAGUCGCCGUCCCGCUCGUUCUACCCCGGUGUUAUCGACGACGAUCUGCACGUCAUUGCAGGGGGGUUCUGCAAUCUACGAGUUCUCGCCCUGCAGAACUGCAAAGGUAUCACUGAUGUUGGAAUGGUCAAAUUAGGAGAAGGGCUGCAAUGUCUGCAAACCCUAGAUGUCUCUCACUGCAAAAAACUUAGUGAUAAAGGAUUAAAGGUGGUUGCGUCAGGGUGCCAGAAGUUGAGACAGUUGCACAUCGCAGGUUGCAGAUUAAUAACUGAUAAUUUGUUGCAUGCUGUAUCAAAAAACUGUUUGAACUUGGAAGAGCUUGGGGCUGCAGGAUGUAACAGCAUAACAGAUGCUGGAAUCUCAGCUCUAGCCGAUGGUUGUCAUAAAGUGAAGUCACUAGACAUAAGCAAAUGCAAUAAAGUUGGUGAUCCUGGAAUUUGCAAAAUUGCUGAGGUCUCUUCGUCAUCUCUGGUGUCAUUGAAACUGUUGGAUUGCAGCAAAGUGGGCAAUAAGUCCAUCUAUUCACUAGCUAAGUUCUGCUGCAACCUAGAGACUCUCAUCAUCGGCGGAUGUCGGGAUAUUAGCGAUGAGUCCAUAGAAGCACUAGCUCUUGCCUGUUGUAGCAGCCUCCGGAUUUUAAGAAUGGACUGGUGCUUGAAAAUAACAGACGCCUCGUUGAGAAGUCUGUUGUGCAACUGUAGACUUCUUGCCGCUAUUGAUGUCGGGUGCUGCGACCAAAUAACUGAUGCGGCAUUUCAGGGCAUGGAAGCUAACUUGUUUCAGUCGGAAUUGAGAGUUCUGAAGAUCAACAAUUGUGUUGACCUCACAGUUGUGGGAGUGAGCAGCGUGAUAGAGUCAUGCAAGGCACUCGAGUACCUCGACGUCCGAUCAUGUCCUCAGGUUACAAGGCAGAGCUGCGAGGAAGCUGGGUUGCAGCUACCUGCUGGCUGCAAGGUGAACUUUGAAGGUAGCUUGUCGGAGUCUGAUCCAUCUGUUGAUAGGUUCUUCUAGGGUCAGCUAUGAACUCCGAUUAGAGCUGUUGUGGCACUGCCCAACUCGCAUGGCAUGUACUACUACUGUAGAAAGUAGCACCAGGGCACAUGCAAUGAAUAAGAAAAAGUAUGUGUUGUAUUAAUUGGAAUAAUUGUUCGAUCGAAUUGCAUGUACUACCUUCAGUGAUCUAAAACAUCUUAUAUUAGUUUA